AUGGUGGCAGGGGCCCCGGCCCGGGACACGGUAGCAGGCACAGGCCGUGCUGCAUGCGCCAGGAUGCGCAUUGCCACCAGCGCGGAUACCGCCGAGCUCUUCUCCACGGCAGAGCUGGAUGCCAUCCUGCGCAGCGGCCACGUGCACUUCGGCACCCACCUGGACGUGACAAGCUACGCCGAGGGCGUGCGGGAGACGCACAACCCUGCAGGACGGGCCUUGCCUCCCGUCGUGUGGGACUUCUACCAGAACGGGUGCUCCCUACGGCUUCUCUGCCCCCAGGCCUUCUCUGACACUGUCUGGCAGUUCCUCUCCAUCCUGCAGGAGCACUUCGGGAGCAUGGCGGGGGCCAACACCUACCUGACGCCACCGGGCACACAGGGCUUUGCCCCCCACUAUGACGACAUCGAGGCCUUCGUGCUGCAGCUGGAGGGGAAGAAGCACUGGCGUGUCUACAGGCCCCGCACGGAGGCUGAGGUGCUGCCCCAGUUCUCCAGUGCGAACCUCACACAGGCCGAGCUCGGUGAGCCUGUGCUGGAGGUGGUGCUGGAGGCCGGCGACCUGCUGUACUUCCCCCGGGGGUUUAUCCACCAGGGCAACUGUCUCCCUGACGCGCACUCACUCCACAUCACGGUGUCAUCCUUCCAGAGGAACUCCUGGGGGGACCUCCUGGAGAAGCUCCUCCCGGCUGCUCUGCAGAUGGCCCUGGAGGAAGACGUGGAGUACCGGCAAGGCCUUCCCAUGGACUACUUGGGCUACAUGGGGGUGGCCCAUUCGGACGUGGUCGACGCUCGCCGGACGGCUUUUGUGGAGAAGGUGCAGAGCCUGGUAAAGAAGCUGGUCAGCUAUGCACCUAUUGAUGCUGCUGUAGAUCAGAGGGCCAAGUCGUUUCUUCACGACUGUCUCCCCCCAGUGCUAACGCAAAGUGAGAAGGCACUGAGUGUGUAUGGAUUCCCAGCCCGCUGGCAAGACGGAGGCACCCGCGACGUCGAUAUACUGAUAACGAAAGACACAGAAGUACGGCUCCUCCGUCACGGCAUCGUUAGGCUGUGCAAUGAGGAGGCCGGUGUAAUGCUGUAUUACACAACGGAAAACUCACGAGUGUAUCAUAAAGAAGAGCCCAAGUCCCUUGAGAUUGAUCCUGAGUAUACAGACAGUAUUGAAUUUCUCCUCUCUUCUUAUCCGAACCACGUCAGCGUGGACAGCCUUCCAUGUGAAACCUUGGAGGACAAGAUUUCUAUAGCUACACUUCUGUUUGAGAAGGGCAUUCUGACUACCAAGAAGCCUCUGGUGCAAGUGUAACUCUUUUUUUUUUUUAACAAAAUAAACAUACUGUUGUUUAUA